AUGCUCAAGGACCCCACGGGACGUGUCCAUUUCUUGCAUGAAGAUGACGAAGUUUUGUAUACUGUGGAAGCAGAAAACUUGCUUGACACAUUCUAUUCAGUCGGAGAGCUCCAAGAUGCCAUCAGUUCUCUGAGUUUACGGGACCCCAUGGCACAGCUUACUGCGUUAUCAGUCAUCACCAACUCGCCUUACAUCUUUGAGGAGUCUCCUCUCUCUGGUCAAAUUCUGGAUGAAUUCACAGAGAUAUUUCUUUAUUCAAACACGUCCAGUGUUGUACAUGGCGCGUGCGACGCUUUAGUCACAUGCACGCAUAGUAUAAGUCCUGUCACAUGCAUCCAAUACCUUCAGAUGCUGCUGGAGGCCAUUCUUAAGCGUUUAAGUGCAGAAGAGGAGUGCUCUAAAAAUGAAGAUGCCUGCACAAUCAUCUUAAUGCUAAUAUCUACGUGCGAGUCCCUCUUUUGUCAUGUAUGCUCAAACGUCUAUUCAGUACUUUCUAACUUUUCUGGGUUGCAUGGCCUGGGGAAUUUAACUGGGGUUUUCUUUCACAAAGCGCUUAACAUAUACAAUUGCCACUUUCAAGAAAUGCAAGUAUAUCUGUCCAAAUCGUCGUCUGUCAUCAUCGCCAACACUCCCUUCAACUCCGUACCGACAGAUAGGUUAUGCCUACAGUAUUUGAUCCUAUUGGAUUCCACGAUGGAGUAUGCGGACCUUUGGAUGAAAAGAAUAGCAGCCCUUCCAUAUGCAUCAGAAGGUGCGCAAGACUACUUCUUGCAGGACACUGUAGCAGAGUCCAUUGCGAUGGCGAUAGCCCCGGGUCAGAAUCACAUCUGUGCCGAUGUAGUAGCAGACAUUCUAGUGCAGCCAUGUAUCAUUGCCCAGGUUAAUAGUAACAGCUUUAAUAGGCAUCUCUUGGAGCUAUCUCCGCGCUCUAUCACUAAGCGCGUCCUGACAUCUCGCUAUAUGGCAAACAUAUUUCUCCGACUGAUAUACCGAGACGGUCUCUAUAAGCUCCCCAAGUUCCACAUUGUGACACUAGCAUGUUGUGGCGUUUUAGGCCUCUUUUCCUUGCACUUUUGUGAGGCCCUACAUCCCCUAGAUUUGCUAUCACUUCUGCGCUGCGUAAUAGAUGAGACCUCUCCUGCAGAAUGCUCUUCUGAAACCCCACUAUCUAAGCCGCAGCUUCUGUCCUCGUCUUCCCCAGCUAUUUCCAAAAAGAGUUCUGCACUGACGAAAAAUAAGCAGCCAGUCUUUAACACAAGCACAAAAAUAGACUAUAAAAGCCUAGAGAUAACAUCACGUACGACACUCCCUCCAUUAAGCACUCAACUGAAGUUAGUGACCAAGCAACCAAAGGCGCGAACUAUGUUUGUUGCCGGACAAGAACAUAGACAGCAGGUUAUAGCAUCAACAGAAAAUAACUACUUCAUCAGAAACCAGACAGACCGUGAACUUAAGCUCGAUGGGACUCGUAAGCUAUGCGAGAAAAUCACCAACCUUAUGGCAAAUUUAAAGGGUAAGAGUGCCUGUUCUAAUGAUAUCUCUGUUAAUAGAAGCAAAGCACAGUCUUCUCAAGCGCAAAAUUCAAAAAUCAGCAGUCUUGAUUAUUUGGUAAUUGAUUUGUUCCUUACAGUAUUUGCACGAUAUAGCAACUUUAACCCUAACACUGCCCAGGCAGUUAUAGGAGGGCUUCUUUGUCAAUACAGCAAUAUACAAAAAACACCCCUGACACUCUGCCGAAUACUAGGAUCGCGCUGCUUCGCGUCUUGCCUGGAGAAAAGAGUAGCUACCAUCGUAUUGAGGAAAACAGUAGAUGCAACUAUAGCCAUGCUUAGCCGCGGUGUUUUAUCUUCGAGCAGCUGCAUGCUACAAACAGCCAUCACUGUCAAGUUUGCAGGGAUCCAACCGCACGCUAAAACAAUGGUUGAACUACCAGCACAGUCAUCCGAUAUUCUUCGUCAGAUUUUAGCCUUGCAAGUAUCACGAAAUGCUAUCCAGCGAUCUGGAGUCUUGUGCAUGACCUUAUUGAAUGAGUUUGCAGAGGAAGGUAUAGAUCAAACUUUGUUUCUUACUAACAACUACUAUCAAACGUAUGUAUUCAAUCCCGCCAAGAUAUCUGCUAGCUCCUUGGAUGGACAGGUCCUUGAUUUUCCUGAUGAGCUUUUACACUGGCUUCAAGUGGAUGGAGCAUCAUUUGAGGCGUGGAUAAACACACAGCAAAAUAGGCACAUUGUUCUAGCCAAGAUGCUGUCUGUUGUUACUACCUCUGAGCACUAA